AUGCAGUUAUACAAUGUCUUUGGCUUCCCCAUCGUGCGCGAUCAGCUCAUCGCUAACACGGUCCUCGUCGCAAUCGCAACCCUACUCGUGAUAUUGCGUGGUGUCUCCCGCCGACUCCGAAAAACCGGUGCAGGAUGGGAUGAUGCAUUCUGCGUUGCAGGACUAUUCCACACAUAUGGCAUGCUCGCAAUGCAGUACCACUACGCUCGGGUGGGGAUGCGAUACCACAUCACGGAGAUUCCCUCAGAGAAUGCUGUAGUGAUCGCUAAGAUGCUCAUGGUCUACCAGAUCGUCUACUACAAUGCCAUGGUCCUGGCGAAGUUCUCCUACCUAGCCUUCUACUUGCGGAUCUUUGUGUCCAGGGAAUUCCGCAUCCUGACGUGGACCUGUAUAGGCUUUUCGGCCGCAUACUGGGUUGGGAGUAUGCUGCAGGUUUUCUUGAUCUGCACACCCUUUGCGAGGAACUGGAAUCCUACUCUGCCGGGCCACUGCGCGAAUCAGAACGUGGCAUUUUCGACGAUUGGAGCCUUUAACCUGAUCACCGAUAUGAUCAUCGUGGCGUUGCCAGUUCGCUUUGUCUGGAACCUGAAUAUGUCGGUUGCGACUAAGAUGGGAUUGGUUGGGAUCUUUGGAUUGGGUGCCUUUAUUUCCUCCAUCACCAUCAUCCGUAUCCGUGUCCUCACCACGGUUGAUUUCACCGAUCUGUCUUACUCGAUGAUCUGGGCUGCCUUCUGGAGUGUUACAGAGCCUGCUCUUGCCAUUGGAAAUGCCUGCGCGCCCAUGCUCCGUCCAAUUCUCAAGGCUGCUUUCCCGUCCUUGUUUGGCAGUCAUGAUGGAUACUCGUCGCAACCGUUCACAGGAGGACCUACCAGCCUGAGCAAGAACAGUACAGUAAAACGGGGGCAUGGCAUGGAUGAGGAGGAUAGUGAAUUCCCCCUCACGCGACUGGAUCAAAUACCAGGGUCGGCGGAUGGAUUGUCGUUGAAUGAUCAGUCGCAAGAUGGGCGCUCACACUAUGCGUCAUACCAAGUCUCUACGACUAUUGUUGGGCCAGCUAAAGGGUUGUAA